GUCUUCAAUGGACCGUUUUAUUUUCAAAGGGAUCCAACUUUCAAGACUAUCACAAUAUCUGUUACCACAUUUUUGGCCAAGUUUGACUAUUUUAAUUUAUUUAAUUUAUUAUAUUGUUUAGGGUACAGACAAUGACCAUUGCUUGUUUGUUUGCAUUGUUUGAUUAUAUAUAUAUCGUUUGAAUGACCUUUUCUAUGUUUUCAUUACUAGUAAUAAAAAUGAUCACUUGACUGAUUCAUUUACAAUCGUAAUUAAAUAUAGCAUAUUACUUUGUUUACAGUACAAUGUAAUGUGGAAUGUGGAUAUUACCAAACUUCAGAUAAUGUUAACUCCCUAUUUCAUAUAGCUAAAUACUGUAACAUUAAUUAUUAUUACAUGGUAUAAACUGUUAACUUAGAAUUUGUCGGUAGUUUAUUGAAUCUUUUUGUUUAUUGGCACUGCAAGAAUGCAGUGGCGCCAACAAUCAACAUGCAACGUCAUGCCACUGCAAGAAUGGUGUGUUAUUGAAGGAAUGUAAAUUAUGGAACAUUAUUGACUGACAUGUCACGAUUAUUAUGUCAUAAAUCUUAUAUCAUUUUAAACAAGUGAAAUUAAAUAAAGCUUUUCAUUUUGUGAUACUAGUAAAAUUUCCCUUGAGAUAGUGUCAUGCAAGUUCAACAGACUGUCUUUGAUGCUUGGCAAGCAAUUAAGAAGAAUCAGAGCACUGUGGAUGUUUUGAAAAAUCGUAUUGCUCAACGCCGUAUAAGGUUCAAGCAAUUGUGUGAUGGAACAGAUCCUCGGGAUGCCCAGGAUGAAGUAAUGGUUCAAUUACCAGAUGUUGAAUUACUCGAUGAUGAUGGUACCCAAAAGUUGUUGACAGUAUUAGAGGCAGAAACAGUUCCAAUGUCGAUGAACUUCCUCAAAGAGAAAUGUUGUCUUGAUAGUGAUGCAGUUCUUCACAAUUCUCUUCAAAAGUUAUCCUAUCAAAGUCUAAUUACCCUGAAAACUUCCCCAGAGCUAAAUGUUGUUUCCAUUGAAGCAAAAAAGAUAAACUCACUGUUGGGUCGGUUUGACAAGAAACGAAAGAGAAGGAAGUUGAACACCGCCCUUACUGCCGAAAGUGCAGAGUUUCUCCUUAACAAACCGUCUGCGAUACAGUCUGAGAGCAAAAAGCUCGGCGAGGAGAUUCAAGCUCUAUUAAAUCACAAGAGUGCACGUGAAAAAACGAUUAUUGAAAACUUGAAGAGUAACAAAACAGCUCAGGUUCGAGAGUUUUGCGAGUGGGUCACACGUCAGGAAUGUAAGCGUGGAAAUGUCAAGUUUGGGUCAUGCAAAAAACUUCAUUUCAGAAAGUUGAUACACAGCCAUACUGAUACCUCUCUAGGUGACUGCUCCUUUCUCAACACUUGCUUUCACAUGGACACAUGCAAGUAUGUGCACUAUGCGAUAGACGAGGACGACCAGCGCGUACACAUGAGGCGUCAACACAAGGAGGCGAUGAACACGCGCGCUAAAAACAGCGCUGCAAUGCUUGUUAGUGAUAGCAAGAGUCUUGCCAUGACUGCGACUACCAUUACACCCCCUCAAUGGAUCCAGUGUGACAUAAGGAAACUAGACAAGGAUGUGAUCGGGAAGUUCACGGUGAUCAUGGCUGAUCCACCCUGGGAUAUCCACAUGGAGCUACCAUAUGGUACUAUGACAGAUGAUGAGAUGAGGAACAUGGGAGUGGAAAAAGUUCAGGAUGACGGGUUUAUAUUCCUGUGGGUCACAGGUAGAGCAGUAGAGCUGGGGAGGGAGCUGUUGCAGAUCUGGGGAUAUGACAGAGUUGACGAUAUUAUCUGGGUUAAAACCAACCAGCUUCAGAGGCUUAUCAGAACAGGCAGAACUGGCCACUGGAUAAACCACGGUAAAGAACACUGCCUGGUAGGGGUGAAAGGAAAUCCUAAAAACUUCAACAGAGGACUGGACUGUGAUCUGAUAGUCAGCGAGGUGCGAGACACCUCUCACAAGCCUGAUGAAAUAUACGGGAUGAUCGAGAGACUUUCACCCGGAACCAGGAAGUUAGAGUUGUUUGGUCGUGAGCAUAACACUCAGAACAACUGGCUAACUUUAGGUAACCAGUUGGACGGAGUACAUCUUGAAUGGGAGGAUGUAAAGCAGAAGUAUUUCGCUCGAUAUGGAAUGUCUCUGCCCUUCUAAACAUUCUAGAACCAUCUCCAUUCUGCAAUAUUCUACCUCAUGAUAUUUCCAUCCGUCAUGAUCAGUGAUCACUCGGAGCACGAUUUGACAACUUUAAAUUUUAAACUUCAAAAAGCUACAUUUUACAACAUGGUUUUGUUAAGCGGCAAAUUUUGCACUGUGAACAUAUUCUGUGACUUGUAAUAAUAAUAACUGAACUGGAUGGCCUGGUCUUGGAAAUAGAUGCGCACAAAAUACAACUUAUUUCAGGAGUGCCAAUUAAUUCAAUUUAGUGCUGCUAUCAUAUGGUGCACAGUGCUCUAUUUUUAGCCCCAGGCGUGGUCUUUGCAACAAUCGUUGUUGAUUGAAAUUAUAACCUGAUUUUAUGACUGACGUCUGUCACCACGGAUGAUCGUGAUCUUAUGAAGAGAAUAUUGGAUGUCACACUGCAAAUUGUGUCGAUUUUUGCACACGAAUUUAAGAUGCGAGGAUGGAUUCCUGAUAAAACCUCCUAUUGCUCUUUUUUAUUGUUUUUAAAUCUCAGAUAUUAUAUUAUUUGAUGUUAAUUUAUGAACUGUGAUGGAAUUGUUUAUCCAUUGCAUGUGUCUGUACCUUUCUUAUGCUAGAGAUAUGUUUACAUAUUUCUACUGUUUGAACUGAAAAUUAAGCUUAAUCUGCAUCAACUUUCCGUCGUC